AUGACGAAUACUCGUCUCUUCAGCCCUAAACGGCCCGAGAUGAAAGUCGACGCUGCCACCGGGAGCCUCCUCCCCCCAUCAACGCGGCCCAGCAUGGGCAAGCAAGCAACCGCAAUGAGAAGACUUGGGUGGUACGCACUAAGCUCGAUCAUCUUCGGCACGAUCCUGAUCCUAGCAUCAUUCGGCUUCCUCAGCUUUCUGUGGUUUGCCGACGCACGAAACGAAGUGUGGCGGCAGAUCGUGGAAACAAAUUGGACGACGCGCUCAAUCACUUUAACGGCUCUGGUCAUCCGGACCGCGGUUUCCGCUCACGCAUUUGUAACCACUGCCAUGUUGGCCGCGCUAGCACUUCAGUGGCACCAGGUUCCUAUUCCAAGCUUCGCCGCCGUAUCGCUAAUCCGCUUUUCCAACAGCGGUCCCCACGGUUUGAUACGAUAUUUUAUCCAGAGUGGUGGCUCCAGCCGCCGUGGCCUGCUCACGUUACUGGCAGUGGCCUUAGCUGUCUCGACGACGCUUACGAGCGUGACGUCGACGGCGUUGCUUUCAGACGUUACUUUGGGCAUGAUACCCGGCAGCGCCGAAGACAUGAGAUUGUACUUUGGCAUGAACAUGUCGCGUCCCCGUUUCGACGUUUCCGACCUCUCGGACAACUACCAGGUCUUCUGGAGCCGCCGGCCGGAAAGAUACCCAUCCUUUGCCGAGCUCGUUGCAGAACCGCCCGUUUCCAUUCAGGCGGUGCACGAUACCGGUGUUAUCCUCCGGGCUUUUCUACCUAUCAUUUCCGAGGAGAUCCGUUCAAACAUGCGCAACUUUUCUGGCGUGGCGUCGGUCGUUGGGAUGCGAACAAUGUGCGCAAAACCUCAGCUGACAGACCUGAACAUCACCGAGACGAGUCUGGGGUAUAGAGUUCGUGGGAAAGUCAAACUUGAUCUGGACGAUGAGGGACAGAGGAGUUUCGCGUCAGACAAUGAGUGGGUAAAUGUCGAUUGCUUGGCCCCAGCUUUAUUAGACGUGAACACUAGUGUGUCCGAAUGGCAGGCCUCAAUCUGCUCCCUUGAUGCGGCGACAUUGUUUAACAGGACGAAGAUAGAUACCAUCCCCGUCAACGGCUCAGAAUACGGCGCAGAGUAUCUUCUUAUUAAUACUACGUAUCCCGCGGAUAUUGAGGCCUCAGUCCUGCCUCCCGAAUGGGAUACUGUCCAAAACAAAUAUGGUAAUGCUACCUUGGUUAUCAGUGCAUGCGGUACAGUUUAUCGACAUCGUAACAUGAUCAUCCAGGCAUCAAGACCCGCGAAUGUAACGGAGCCAAAACUAGCGUGGAGCUUGAACAAGGAAACCUUUAACACUCUCGAUAUCCGCCGCCAGCUCGGAGCAACUGUCGAAGACAUCGGCGUAUACGAGCGAGGUCUCUUGAGCCUCGAUAAUUACAAUGAGAAGAAUAUAUAUCCCUCUGAUGCAGACGGGUUGUACCUCCUUUGGCAUGUCGCCUACCCCUCGUGGGCUGGAAGCGUCUACUCGUCCAGCUCAGACACCACACUCGCAAUCUGCCGGUACUGCACCCACGGCGGCAAAUCCUAUGCGGAACAAUCACAAGCCGUGAUUCUGAACCACAUCCUCCAGGAUACCUUACGCCCUGCCUUAGCUAUUCAAGCGUACUCAACCAUCAUUUGGGAACUCGCAUACUAUGAUAAAUGGGUCGAGUUCGAUGUUUCCAGCGUGAGCUCGGCGAGUAUGUUCGUUCAAAGAUUGCGACCAAUAGCGUCGUGGGGUUACUAUGCUGUUGGCGCGAUCCUUGCCAUCCACAUCGUCCUGACCCUACUUACCACGCUUGGCUUCCUCGCGAGUGCUAAGCACACCCUACUAGGGAAUGCUUGGUCUACCGUUGCACAGAUGAGAUAUGAGGAGACGGGCGAGAUACUGGAUAAUGCAGCCAUGGCAUCAGAUAGAGAGGUUCGGACAUGGCUUAACGCAAGAGGCCUAAAGAAUAGACCUGCUAGAUUGAACUCAACUAACAGAUAG